AUGGCGCCCCCUCAGGUUCUCGCGUUUGGGCUCCUGCUCGCGGCAGCUACGGCGGCGGUGGCCGCGGCUCAGAAAGAUUGUGUCUGUGAAAACUAUAAGCUGACCACAAACUGCUCUGUGAACACCAAUGGUCAAUGCCAGUGUAUGUCAAUUGGUACACAGAAUACAGUUAUUUGCUCAAAAUUGGCUACUAAAUGUUUGGUGAUGAAGGCAGAAAUGACUGGCUCAAAGUCUGGAAGAAGAGCAAAACCUGAAGGGGCCAUCUAGAACAAUGACGGGCUUUAUGGCCCUGACUGUGAUGAGAAGGGACUCUUUAAAGCCAGGCAGUGCAAUGGCACUGCCACGUGCUGGUGUGUGAACACUGCUGGGGUCAGAAGAACCGAUAAGGACACUGAAAUAACGUGCUCUGAACGUGUGAGGACCUACUGGAUCAUCGUUGAAUUAAAACACAAAACAAGAGAAAAACCUUAUGAUUUUGAGAGUUUGCGGACUGCUCUGGAGGAGGCAAUCACAACUCGUUAUCAACUGGAUCCAAAAUAUGUCACAAACAUUCUGUAUGAGAAUGAUGUUAUCACUAUUGAUCUGGUGCAAAAUUCUUCUCAGAAAACUCAGAAUGAUGUGGAUAUAGCUGACGUGGCUUAUUAUUUUGAAAAAGAUGUUAAAGGUGAAUCCUUAUUCCAUUCCAGUAGCAUGGACCUGAGAGUAAAUGGGGAACAACUAGAUCUGGAUCCUGGUCAAACUUUAAUUUACUACGGUGAUGAAAAACCACCUGAAUUUUCAAUGCAGGGUCUAAAAGCUGGUAUUAUUGCUGUCAUUGUGGUUGUGAUAAUAGCAGUUAUUGCUGGAAUUGUUGUGCUGGUUAUUUCCAGAAAGAAGAGUAUGAUAAAGUAUGAGAAAGCUGAGAUAAAGGAGAUGGGUGAGAUGCAUAGGGAACUCAAUGCGUAACUAAUAUAAUUUGAAGUGAAACUACAAGAAGGGAAAUUAGCAAACAGACUCAGAUUUCAAAUGUAUGAGCGUGGGAAUGAAGAGAUCUUUUUGGAUCACUAUUUUGUUAGUUAAUGUCAUAUAUUUGUAAUAGUGAAACUUGUGCUCAAAAUGUAAGCAGCUUGAAAUUGGC